AUGAGAACAUCUACUCUUUUGCUCCUCUGGAGCACUGCAGGAGCAGCUUUGGCUUCUCCGUACCCGCUUCCCGACUCGCAAGUAGUCUUCGCCGCGGAUCACGAGGUCCCGAAUACACAGGGCAAACACGUCGUGGACGAGGCCAUACUCUCGGCGCUGAACGCUCAUUCUGACCCAGUCGCUGCAAUGGUGUCUCUACGUCCCGAAACUGCAGCUUUUCUAGCUGAACCUCGUCUCUUGCACAUUCGGGGCGAAGAGAAGGCGGAAUGGAUGACCGAAGGCGACAAGCUGCGCCUCCGCCAACGCGGAAAGAAGUUCAUGGACAUUACCGAGCAUCAGGACUUCUACGCAGAGCAGGCGAUGGCUUCGUUUGCUGGGGAUCCUAAUCUUCCCAAGCUGUCCCAUAAAGGUCUCGUCAAGCCGCUGUUCUCUCAAAUCGAGACGGAACGAAUGCACGAUAUCCUGCAGCACAUGACCUCCUACUACAAUCGAUACUACGGUGAUUAUCACGGCGAGAUGAGCUCCGAAUGGCUGCACGACUACAUUGCUGCGAUCAUCUCCAAAUCGCCUUUCCGCACCCACAUCUCUCUCGAAUACUUCACCCAUCCUUUCCGCCAAUCUUCAAUUAUUGCACGCUUCGAGCCUAAAGUUCGCAGCUUCUCCCAACCUUUGACCAUCAUUGGUGCGCACCAAGAUUCGGCCAAUUAUCUUUUUCCCCUGCUGCCCGCCCCUGGCGCUGACGAUGACUGUUCCGGCACUGUCAGUAUCCUCGAGGCCUUCCGCGUUCUGGCGGAGAAUGGCUACACGCCCAAGGACGGGCCUGUUGAAUUCCAUUGGUAUGCGGCUGAAGAGGCCGGGCUACUGGGCAGCCAAGCCAUCGCGCGGUACAAGAAGGAGCAGGGCGCUAAAAUUGAUGCCAUGAUGGAGUUUGAUAUGACGGCUUUUAUUGCCCGUAACGCCACCGAGACCAUCGGGUUUGUUGCAACCCAAGCCGAUGCAGCGCUCACAAACUGGGCCCUCAACCUCAGUCGAGAAUACAUCUCCAUUCCGGCGGAAGUCUAUGAACUUGGCCCCAACGCUGGAUCCGACUACAUGUCAUACACUAAGCUCAACUACCCCGCUGCCUUUGCAUCCGAAGGCAACCCGCUCGCUGGGGGCUCUUUCCCGGGUGAAAUGGACCCCUACGUACACGGCAUCAAGGAUAGGAUGGACGUUGACGAUGAAACGGGCGUCUUCUCUAUCGAACACAUGGCUCGGUUCUCCGAGUUGGCUAUCGCAUUUGUUGUCGAGCAGGCUGGGUGGGAUAAUACAUGGCGGUAG